AGCUACAUUCAGCAAAAGAUGAAAAAUGUUGAAAGUCGGCGACACUUUUGACGAUUACGAAAGCGCUAUAAAUUCUUUAAAAGAGUACGAAAAAGCGACUUUCCAGUUAUUCGUAAAAAGUCGAAGUUUUGAAAGGCUUUCAAUAAAUCAUCCGUGUUACAAUGACUUAAAAUUUAGCUCGAUAAAGUUUGUAUGUAAACAUCAUGGGAAAUGGCGCAGUCAUCGGAAAGACUAUGCAGUUGAAUGCAGGAAGGUUCAAACAACGGUAAAACUUGACUGUCCGGCAUUUGUCAAGUUCAAGCUAAUCAAGAAUGUCGUCCACGCAGUAACCGUUGCUGGGGCAUCGGAUCACAAUCAUGCAGUCGAAGAAUCUGUGUGGAAUUUUUAUCCGGAAAACAGAAAACUGGCGGACGAAGAGAAAAAAGUGAUAGAUGGUCUUCUCAACUGUGGUGUCCAACGGGCGACUGUUUGCAAAAAAAUAAAUGAACAGUGUUGGAAGUCUGGUGUAAAUGGCCAGUUGAGAACUAAAGAUAUUCAUAAUUAUGCUGCAGUAACGCAAAGGAAAGUCAAAGGUAACAAACCGGAAGGGCAAAUACUGGAAGAAUAUCUCCAAAAAGUUGUGGAAGAGAAUCCCCAUACCGACAUCUUCACAGUUACUCAUCAAACAAAUUCCACUGACCGGACUUUGGACAUUCUGUACAUUCAAACUGGUGAAAUGAAGAUUUUCUGCAAGCACGGUCAAGCUCUUUUCAUGGAUAGCACCUACCGGCUCAAUUGUGAGCAUUUUUGUUUGUAUUGUAUACUGGUGGAAGACGAAAACGGUUUCGGGCAACCUGUAGCGAUGGCAUUUCUACGCGAUGAAAAGAAAAACACGUUGGAAAGGCUGUUCGAAAUAUUCAAGGAAAGAAAUAAUGACAGUGUCGAGGGUAUUCAAUGUAUCUUUGUGGAUAAAGACUUUGCACAAAUUGCCGCGCUGGAAAAAUCGUUUCCUGCAUCGCCUGUAUUAUUGUGUGCUUUUCACACCAUGAAAGCUUGGAAGACAAAAAUAGCAACGCAAAAACUGUCACAGACCGAGAAACAGGAGCUACUCGCUCAAUUUAAGCGUGUGCUGCAUGCCGACAGCAUGAACCGGUUGGAGGAAGAAGAGCGCAAAUUGGAGAUACUCCUGCCAGACGCAAUGGCAGAAUAUUACUCAAAACACUGGAAGUCUAGGAUAAACAUGUGGGCAUUUGCUUAUCAAAAAAGUAUUUUGGCUUUUGGUAACCGUACAACAAAUCGUAUCGAACGCUUUUUCCUCAUGGUUAAGUCAGCGUUUCGGAAUACCGGAAGAUCGGUGUGGACGCGCUACCAUUUAAAAGAUUGUGUGGAGAUUAUUCUACGAGUAGUCUCGCAUAAACUUGAAAUUGCCAAGUACGAAGGAUAUGUGAACAAGGGAAAGGCCCUUGUGUUGCAUGGUUUUCCUUCGAUUCAGUAUGCCGAAAGCGUUGGGCGUUCGCUUACAAAAAUUGCAGCCCUUAUCGUGCAAAAGCAAUUCAUGCUAAUGGGAGCCGAGACGUACGAAGUCUUGCCGAGUACUGCCGAUGAGUGGAGUGUUACAAACACUACCAGGAUAGAGCAUCGUACAUACGAUCUAAUACGAAUGGACGAAAGGUAUACGUGCUCGUGUUAUACAAACUGCUCAUUUGGUUUGCCUUGCCGCCAUAUUCUUUAUUUACGAAAGAGCAAUGGUGAGGACAUAUUUUCAUUGAAUGACGUUAUAACUAAAUGGCAUCGCGGAAGUAAUGCUUCUGAACUGGAACGUAUCCCCGAAAAAUUUCUUGACGCGGCGCUGGAAGGUGUGCCAGAUGAGGUUCUGGAAUGCGAGCGCACGGAAAUUUCCAAUCAAAACUUUCCGACAAUUGGCAAGCGGUUCAGUGCAGCAAAGGAUAUAUGCAACAGAAUUGCUUCGAUGGCUGCUAAUUUUGGUGGUAACCAGUUUAAGGAAGUACUUACCGUUUUAACUUCAGUAGAAGAAUCGCUGACAAGCGGCUGCAUACCUACUGUAAGAGGAAGUGACACCUCCAGUAAGUCUCCGCUGGCCUGUCCGUUGUUAGCGACUGGGGAAUUAGUGCUUCGAUCGAGCAACACUUCUAAACCAAAAGGUCGGCCAAAUGAGGGAGGUCGGUUUAAAAAAUUUAACAAAAAGAACUUAAAGUGACUGCAAAAAAUUGUGAGUACUGCAAUGUCGAGUAGAUUGGAUUCUGAAUAUUGUAAUUUUCCCGUACUCUGGAUAUUCCGAAGCUAAAUUAACAAUAAAACUACGUCAAUUUUGCGCAAAAAAAGAUUUGUUUAU